GAUGUUUCUGAUAAGCCGAAGAGGAUAUGGUUUGCAUGCUUGCUACACAGUUGCAGCUAACACUACUGUUUCUGCUCUGCUGGAGGAGGCUGACAGUUCCCAGAGAUGGCUGAAGAUAUCAGUGAGGCAGAGGAUACUCUUAUUUAUUGUUUAACAGGCUUGAAUACUAUGGGAAGAAUUCUACUCGAAAAUGGCAAGAAAGAAGCAGCAGGUUCCAUUGAAGAUUUUGUCCCAAAUAAAAUUACAACAUUAUUUGGAUUAAUGACUUGUGGUGCCAACUUCUAUAACAGUAUUGGUGUGAAGAAGAGGAGUGAGGCUGAAGACCUGUGGAAGAAAUCUUUUCACCAUGCCAAGGUGCAAGAGCAAGUUGAGGAACUCCUGCAGUUGGAGGAGGAAUGGGAUGCCUUUCUGGACUGCAUAGACACUGAGCUGAAGACAACUGACAAGCAGCUCACAGGAGGCCCAACCUCACAGAACCUGAGUGCUGAUACGCCCCUCACAGAUGCUAGGAGUGGAGAGAAUGUGACUCUGGGCCAGUACUUUGGGAAAGGGGAGAAUCUACUGCUCGUCCUUAUCCGACACUUUGGAUGACUACCGUGACGAGAGCACGUGGCUGAGCUGGAGACCCAACAGGGACUCCUAGAUUCUCAGUCGGCUCGGGUACUGGUGGUUUCCUUUGGCUGUCGGGAAGGUGCUCAGCUCUGGCUAGAACAGACGGGCUGCAAGUACGACAUGCUGCUUGACCCACAGAGGAAGAUUUACAGGGCAUUUGGCCUAGGAUCUUCCUAUUUAAAGGUGAUGAAUUUCCACUGCUUACUUCAGUAUGCAGAGUAUGUUGUGUUAGGCCAAGAGUUUCCUGACAUUCCACCACGUUUCCUGGAAGAUCUCUAUCAGAUGGGCGGUGACUUUGUCCUGGAUGAAGGCGGGAAAGUGAUCCUCUCUCAUCCCUGCAAGAAUCCAAUGGACAGGCCUGAAGUAACACAGAUGGUGGCUACCAUCUCGUCUGGUGGCCAUCCUACUAGCUUAUAAUGUAGUAGUGACUCGCUCCAUCUGAGUGGACAUGGCACUGACCUCUCAUUGGAAGGGCACCUCCUUGGCUUGUGUGGAUGAAGACACGGCUCAAGCUCAUGACCUCAUGAAGAGCAGUGUCUGAAGGGAACUCACAAGCCAAGGACAACUGCCCUUUCUGCUGCGGGAUUAGUGCUGCGCUAGUGCUAUUAUUUCUGACUGAAUUCUAUAAUAUUUUUCUCCCCAAUUUCCUGAUAUCCAAUUGUGAUCCAAUUACGAUCUUGUCUCAUCGCUGCAACACCCCAACGGG